AUGAAAGCGGCGUCCAGCAGUGUAUCAUCUUCUGGAGGGGCCAUGUCACCGACAAAAACGCAGCUACCUCCUGCCCCACCAAGUCACCAUCCACAGCAACAGCAAGCGAUCUAUGAUCCACAGAUGCAGUAUUACUACACUGCUGCGAUGCCUGGACAGCAAAUGCCGACUUACGUUCAACAAAAUGGAAGUAGCCAGGCUUACGCUCCCUCCAAUCAGUACUUCCAGGACGCUAGUGGACAGUACGUUCAGGUUGCGCAACAAAGUUCGAUGUCUGCACCACAGCCAAUAAUGGUACCCGGACAGUCGUACAUCUACAUGGCUCCACCACAACAAGGACCACAACAAGUCGUUCAACCAGGACAACCCCAGCUUAUUUAUUAUCAGCAAGCAAUUGGACAGAUGCCUCCACAAACGGCACCAGUUUAUUUCCAUGCAAUGCAGCCAACAUCAGCCCAAAUGAUCUCUGAUCAAAUGACGGUUAUGCCUCAAAUGCAGCCAACCCUCCAGCAGCAAACUCAUCAACACAGACCAAUGGGUAUGGAGAUGAGUAAUCCACGCGCAGCUCCAUUGACUUCGUCGACUCCUCUUCCAACCAGUGCUGAAUAUGAGACGAUGCAACGAGAUACCCAUGCUCGCAACAGAAACAUCCAGCUCAGAUAUCAUCGCGUCAUGGAACAUGAUGAGUUGCCGAUUGAUGAAAUCUCAGACAUCGGACAUGAUGACACAAUGAGCGCCGAGAAGGAGAACCAUAUGCUCGCGCAGCACGGAGAGAAAACCGCUCGUCGUGGAUUCAAAAAUGCUGAAGAGCAGCCACCAAACUACAAGACUCGUCUCUGCAUGAUGCAUGCUUCGGGAACAAGACCUUGUGAUAUGGGAUCUCGGUGCAAAUUUGCUCAUGGACUCAAAGAGCUUCGAUCAACUGAUGCUCCGGCACGAUACCCAAACAAUAAAUACAAGACUAAAUUGUGCAAAAAUUUCGCUCGUGGUGGUUCAGGCUUCUGCCCGUAUGGACUGAGAUGCGAGUUCGUUCAUCCAACUGACAAGGAAUUCCAGAACAUCCCACCAUAUCAACGUCUAUUGGUUGAUGACCAAGUUCUCGAUCAGGAUGUCGUGCCAGAAGACUACGUUGUUGCAAGACAUCAGCCACGAUUCUUGCGAUCCAGUGGAAGAUCCACAACUCCAACAAAAGUUAUGCUGAAGCAUCGCAACGUCGCCGGAUCGAUGAUGUGUCUUUCAAAUGCUGGACGUGAAGCUGCCGCAGCUGGUGGUGAUUUCAGUCAGGCAGAUGCUAGUCCGGAAUACUUGCCACCACACUUGAGACGGGGCCGUAUGGCCAAUCCACCGACUACCAAACGACGAACCUCGCUCAGCACAAAGUGGACAUCGGAGGAGAACCUGGGUCUCCAUGGCCACUACUAG